AUGGCCGAAAUGGCGGCGAACAAGACUGCAGUGGACAUCCAGGAUGAGAGCCGACUGGCGCAGCUGGGAUACAAACAGGAGCUGAAGCGCGAUUGGACGCUGAUGCACAACUUUGGUGUUUCGUUUUCGAUUAUUAGCGUGAUCACUGGUAUCACAACGUUGUUUAGCUAUGGGUUAACUACGGGAGGGCCUGCCGUGAUGGUCUACGGAUGGAUUGUCGUCGCCGUCAUGACCUUCUUCGUGGGACUUAGCAUGGCCGAGAUUGUCUCAGCCAUCCCAACGAGCGGCGGGCCGUACUUUUGGGCUGCCAUGCUAGCGCCGCAGAAGUACGCUGCAUUCCUGUCCUGGCUGACAGGCUGGUUCAACUUUGUGGGACAGUUCGCCGUCACCACUGGUAUCAGUUUUGGAUGCGCAGAGCUGAUGGCCACAGCCGCAUCUAUCAAGACCGGGUGGACAGCAACAGCAGGACAGACGGUUGGGAUAUACGCCGCAAUCCUGGUCAGCCACGGUCUGGUCAAUACAUUUGGCGUGCGUGUCCUACGCUAUCUCAAUAACUCUUCCAUCAUUCUGCAUAGUCUCGGCGUGGGCAGCCUGGCAAUUGCGGUCGUCGCCAAGGCCCCAACACACCAAACGGCAAAAGAAGUCUUUCAGCACUUUUAUGAUGGCACAGGCGAUCCAGGAUGGUCUGUCCGCGCUUCACCCGCAUAUGUUGCUAUUUGCGGCAUUCUCAUGAGCCAAUAUACCAUUACUGGCUUCGACGCCUCCGCGCAUCUGUCUGAAGAAACCCACCGAGCAGACUGGAGUGCCCCAAUCGGCGUGCUCAUGUCAAUUGGCGUAUCAGCGCUGUUCGGCUUCUUCCUGCUUCUCUGCCUGCUCUUCUCGAUCCAAAACUUCGACGCAACGGUCAACUCCGAUACUAACUACGGCGAACCCGUGUUCAAGAUUCUCGUCGACGUCUUUGGCGAAGACGGUGCUCUGGUCCUCAUUAGUCUGAUCAUAAUCUGCGUCUGGCAUUGCGGUCUGUUCAGCAUGACAAGUAAUAGCCGUAUGAUGUUUGCGUUUUCGCGGGAUGGUGCCUUACCCCGCUUCUUCGACCAUGUCGACCAGCGAUUCAAGAGCCCCGUGCGAACUGUCUGGCUGGCGGCGUUUCUUGCCUUCUGCCUCUCGCUCCCAUCUUUGGGUAGCUCCGUCGCUUUCUCAGCGGCAACUAGUAUUGCAACAAUUGGAUUGUAUAUCAGCUAUGCUUUGCCGAUUCUCAUCUCGGUGAUCUGGCCGCAGAACCUUGUCAAGGGGCCGUUUGAUCUCGGACGAUUCUCAAGGCUAGUGGGCAUUAUUGCCUGUACAUGGGUCGCCUUUAUCACUAUUGUCUUUUGUCUCCCCACUGAAAACCCCGUCACCGAAGAAACUCUCAACUAUACCCCUGUCGCCGUCGGCAUUGUGCUGGUGGCUACGUUAGGGGUGUGGAUUCUGUGGGCACACCGAUGGUUCAAGGGACCAACGCGGCAUAUGGAAGAGAUAGAGGCGGAAAUAAGACAGGACGCAGUACAGGAAAACGUGGAGGUGGAGAAGAGCGGUUUGAAUGGCUGA